AUGAGUGAGCAGCCUUCUCUAGGCCGAGGUCCUUGUAUGGUUUCACUGGAUCAAACGGGAGGCGUCUUGAUGGUAGCGAAUUAUGGGAGCGGUGGCGUCGCGUCUUAUCCCUGUGCGGGAGGGGUGAUCGAGGCGGGAAUUUCUCAUCAACAUAUUGGCAGUAGUGUGGAGGAAAAACGCCAGACGGGGCCACACGCACACUCGAUCUAUGCUGGGCCGCAGAACCAAUAUGCGUAUGCGGCAGAUUUAGGAACGGAUGAGGUGGUCGUUUAUGCCCUCGAGGUAGAGACUGGAAAAUUAAAGAAGCAGGGAGUGGCACAGUUGCCUCCGGGAUCGGGGCCGAGGCAUAUGAGAUUGAGUCGGGAUGGAAAGAGAUUGUAUGUUCUCAAUGAACUGACGCUGACGGUGUCCGUCUUUUUACGUGAAAAAGAAGGAGGGCUAAAGUUAGAGCGCACUGUUUCUGUGCUGAAUGAAGAUCAAUCGAAGGAAAAGAUGACUUGCUCUGAGAUUUUAGUGUCAGGUGAUGGGAGGUUUAUUUAUACUGCGAACCGCGAUUUGACAAAAGAGGGUCGCGAUUCGGUUUCUGUGCUGAGUGUGAAUGGGGAGGGUGAGCUGAAGUUAUUACAAGUGGCAAAGGUCGGGGUGUGGAUUCCUCGACAUAUUAAUUUGUCGCCGAGUGGGGGCUGGUUGCUGGUGGCAGGACAAGUCUCGAAUGAGGUGGCCUUUUUGAAGGUGAAAGAAGAUGGCCUGCUAGAGUCAACGGAGAAGAAAAUCGCCUUGCGCAAGGCGAUGUGCAUUUGCUUUUAG